UAUGAUGGAAUUCCUUGAUGAUCUGCAGAUGUGCGACGUCUCUCCUAAUGCCACCAUGAAUGUGUUGACCAAGAUGCAUGGCAACCGUGAGAACAUGCCAUGGAGUGAACGUGACUUGCAAAAUAGAAAAGCUGAAAAUGUGCGUAAGGAGCGAGCGGAUGAUGUAAAAAAACUAAAGGCUUUCUUCAACGAGUGCAGAGCACAGAAUAGUAAGUUUUAUUAUGACAUAGAACAUGACUCCGAGGGUGCUCCAAAGAAUAUAUUUUGGAGUCAUGCUAGCUGCCAGGCUAACUAUGCUGAGUUUGGUGAUGUGGUUACUUUUGAUACAACAUAUAAGUGCAAUUUUUACAAUAAGCCAUUAGCAAUGUUUGUUGGGAGCAACCACCAUUUGCAGAAUGUCAUUUUUGGUUUUGCACUCCUCGGUGAUGAGAAGGAGGAAACAUUUGAUUGGGUUUUUCGCACUUUCAAAAUGUGCAUGGAAAACAAAGAACCUCAUUGCAUACUUACAGAUCAAGACCAAGCAAUGGCAAAUGCUCUUCCGGGAGUGUUUCCAAACACUAUUCAUAGGCUAUGCAGAUGGCAUGUUUUGCAUGGUCACAAAGACAGCUUGAAGGUGUUGUAUAACUUGUAUGAUGGUUUGAAAGAGAAGUUGUUGACAAUAAUAAAUCAUCCCCUCACCCCCAUGGAGUUUGAGAAGGCAUGGAUGGAGAUGGUGAAUGAAUAUGGACUCGAGUCAGAUCCUACAAUUGGCAGUUUGUAUGAUCUGCGUACAAGAUGGAUCGCCGCAUACUUUAAGGAUGUUUAUUGUGGGAAAAUGACAUCUACACAACGCAGUGAGAGCACAAACAGAAUUGCGAAAAGAAACCACAUUGACCCUACGACACCUCUGCACGUGUUUGCAAGAAAAAUGUUUCAGGUUUUGCAAGGGAGAAAAGAAGCAGAAGCCCGAGAGACCAUGGAAUCUCAGGCCCGGCCAAAAACAGUAACAAAUUACCCUCUGGAACAUCAGUUGAGCAGAAUCUAUACCCGUGCAGUAUUCAGGAAAUACAAAGAAGCAUAUGUUUAUGGAACCUCUUUUCUUACAAAGAAAGUUGGCGCUGGUCGUUUCCUUGUGGUGUACGGUAGAGAAGGGCCGACUUUUUCGUGGUCCCAACAUGAGUUCAAAGUGGUUUGUGAUGAAGAGAAAGAAGAAUACAAGUGUGAGUGCAAGCAGUGGGAGCACACAGGACUGCUAUGCCCACACCUUAUUAUAGUGAUGACAAAUGAGCAGAUUCAGAAACUUCCAAGCAAAUAUGUGUAUAGAAGGUACACAAGGAAUGCAAAGAUUGACCCACCAUAUGACAGGAAUGACACUCUCCAGGUUGGAGCCGAUGGGACAUCAAAUAGUGGAAAGCACUUAAAUAUGCUCAGACUGGCUUAUGCCUGUGUUAGAGCGGGGGACAGAUCAACAGUUGGAUAUGAAAGAGUCAUUCAUGUGAUGACAGAACUUAGGGAUCAGGUUGAGGCACUUCCUCCUGAUGUCAUGCCUGUGUUUGAUUAUGGAGGUUGCAGUGAUCCAGCUGGCCGUGAGCUAGAUAAUUUUAAAGCACCACCGAUUGCAAAAACAAAGGGUUGUAGAUCAGAAGAAGGGCGUAGGAUCGGCGCACCCGGGCCAAAGAAGUGCACAAGAAGAUGCAGCAAUUGCGGCCUUAUGGCAGGUCACAAUAGGGCGUCAUGCGAAGAACGAACAGAAAGCUUCGCAGUUGGUGGCAGCAGAGCAGCCCAGGGGAGGGGCAGGGGCAGGGGUAGGGGUAGGGGCAGGGGUAGGGGUAGGGGAAGGGGAACGACAACUCGCCGCCGUUUGAUACAUGAUGAGGUGGACGAAGAUGAAGACUUAGAUUAUCAAGAAGAAGAUGAUCUGCUAGGUGAUGAAUAA